UUCUUCGUUGGUAUCGAUCGCAGGAAAUCAGCGCCUUCGCGAAGGCAGCCAAAGAUACAUAUAUCCAUACGCUGCAUAUUUGUCGGCAUCUGCGGAACUGUGCGACAAUCGAGAAUCAGAUCGGCCAUGGCUACCGUUUCCAAGCUCUCCGGCUCAGUUAUGACCCGUUCCGUCAACGAUUUCAAUGCCAAGACUGGAUCUCUGCACCGCCCGAUCUGCUCUGUUGGACUACGCAAAAACGUCGAGGCUUUUGAUAGGAGGAUGAAUUUGAGUGUGCGCGCUGAUCAGCCGAUUAGGGUUUCUUUGGUUGUUAGGUGCUCAAAAGCUGAUGGAAAUGGAAGUAGCAUCAAGAGGACAACUCUUCACGAUCUUUAUGAGAAGGAAGGGCAGAGUCCGUGGUAUGAUAAUCUAUGCAGGCCAGUUACAGAUCUCAUUCCAUUGAUCGAAAGUGGGGUCAGGGGUGUAACCAGCAACCCUGCGAUUUUUCAGAAGGCAAUAUCUACCUCGAGUGCUUACAAUGAUCAGUUCAGGGAACUUGUGCAAUCUGGGAAAGAUAUCGAAAGUGCUUACUGGGAGCUUGUGGUGAAAGAUAUCCAGGAUGCAUGCAAACUUUUCGAGCCAAUUUACGAUCAAACAGACGGGGCUGAUGGAUAUGUUUCCGUGGAAGUUUCGCCCAAACUCGCAGACGAUACUCAUAACACAAUAAAGGCUGCAAAGUGGCUUCACCAAUGGGUUAAUCGUCCUAAUGUUUACAUUAAAAUCCCUGCCACAGCUCCAUGCAUCCCUUCGAUCAAGGAAGUAAUUGCGAAUGGAAUAAGCGUUAAUGUUACGCUCAUUUUCUCUCUCGCUCGAUACGAAGCAGUGAUCGAUGCUUACCUGGACGGUCUCGAGGCAUCCGGGCUGAGCGAUCUCUCUCGCGUAACUAGUGUUGCGUCCUUCUUCGUCAGCCGUGUAGACACCCUCGUCGACAAACUUCUUGAGAAAAUUGGAACACCGGAGGCACUUGAUCUCCGGGGCAAGGCUGCAAACGCCCAAGCGGCUCUGGCUUAUAAACUCUACCAGAAGAAAUUCUCGGGGCCGAGAUGGGAGGCUCUGGUGAAGAAAGGAGCGAAGAAGCAGAGGCUUCUGUGGGCGUCGACUAGCGUCAAGAAUCCAGCCUAUCCGGACACACUAUAUGUGGCUCCACUCAUUGGUCCCGACACUGUUUCGACAAUGCCGGAUCAGGCGCUUCAAGCUUUUAUUGACCACGGCGCUGUUGGAAGGACCAUAGACUCUAAUGUGUCGGAAGCUGAAGGAAUUUACAGUGCUCUGGAGAAGCUGGGAAUCGAUUGGGGGGAGGUGGGCACACAACUUGAGGUGGAAGGAGUCGACUCCUUCAAGAAAAGCUUCGACAGCUUGCUCGACACCCUGCAAGAGAAGGCCAAUGCACUCAACCUUGUUAGCCGGUAAAUGCCGAAUGUUUUUCGACUAUUCCUAAGGAUGAUGAGUUAAAAUAAAAGAACUGGGCUUCAAGCCAGUACUUAUGAUGUAAGAAUUCGUGUGGUUGUAGUGAAAUACAUUCUAAGGUUUUUGGUGUGGUGUGGUGUGGUGUGGCUUUCCUAUGUACCAUCCGCCAUUGCUGUAGAAGCUUGAUUUUGGUUUUGAUUUAUAUAUAUCUUUCAAUAAAUAUAUAUUAUAUAUUCCCUC